CUAUUUAGUAACGCGUCAAUUUGGCGCGAGAGAGGUUGGUAGUGUUGUAUUUCGAAGUGGUGCCCGAAAAGCGCGCGCAAUUUAUUAUCGCAUCGUAAAUUAAAUUUCAAAAUACAUGUAGACAAAGACAUUACAUACCAAAUUUAAAUAUUUUUUUAUAUUUUAUAAAUUGGAUUAAAAUCCAGAUUGUGUAUCUUGUUAUUUAAAUUAAAUUGUAGAAAAUAAAAUUCAUUGUUCAGUGAUACCUGUGCGUUUUAUAAAAUCUGUGAUUACAAAACUGUUUUAACCCGGAAGAAAAUGGAGUGACUAUAUUAGACAGACAAUAAUACUACAAGAUGGCAGAAGAGUGUUGAUGUGCCAGUAUGGCGGGCAGCGAUGGCAGGAUGGCCAUGCGGUGGUGGUGGCGAGUGUUGUUGGUGGUCGCCUCCGUGGGCCAGGUCCACUCACAAGAUAUAUCGGCGUGCUGUAGCAAAGCGGAGAGCACCUGUCGCAGUGUCUGCGAGAAGAUGUCGAGAAUAUCAUCCGACUCCAGCAUGCGAGAGGACCGGAUACAAAACAUUUACAAGUUCUGUCCACCUCAGUCGAUUGAGUUUUGGAUCUGCAUGAACCAUACAAUUCAAGAAAUAGUAACUGGGUUAGGGUGGUGGGGGAAAGGAUGCUGUCAAAUCGGCACGUCAACAGCAUGCCGACAUGCCUGUGCGACGGCUAAGGACGCCAGUCCUUUGAGAGAGGCCUGCAGGCAGUCUGAUGAAAUUGCCUUGUUUGACUGCGUGCAGAGCCAGGAGAAGGCGCAAUCUUGCUGCUCUCAAGCUGAUUCUCUGAAUUGUUUCGACGCGUGUCAGAAAGUGCUUUGGCGCGUGGGACAAGCCCGAGUUGACGUUGGCGCGAAGGAGAGAGCCGUGGAGGCCUGCGAGAGAAGCCCUGAGUUAUUGCGGUGUUUGGAUAACAUGACCGCGCCUACUGAGCAGAUUGAUGCUUCUAAAUAUUUACCAUGUUGUUCGGAGACAUCGAACUCUGAAUGCAAGUCAGCGUGCACGACAGUGCUACGGCGCACGAAUGACGACAUGGAGAUAGCUGAGGUGUUGCAACAGAAAUGUGGGCAACCUUCACUCCACAACCACAAGAACAAUGAUGCUUUUUGGCAGUGUUUUCUUAUGAAGGACGACCCACCGAAUACCAUUGAUAAAUUGCCGCAUGCUGCUGAUAAACUUCAUUGUUGUAAAAAGGCGGUCACAAUAAAUUGUCGCAACCUAUGCUUAGAUGCAUUCAAUGUUGAUGUGGGAAUGCAGAAGUGGAAGAAAUUUGAUGCAGAGUGUCUGGCCGAGCCACAGGAGGUUGUUCUUGCGGAGUGCAUUGAAGAAAUCGAAUUUCCGUGCUCCCUGGGAUGCAGUGGCAUGACAUAUUGCAGUCAUCUGAACAAUCAUAACAGCAACUUCUUCAGGUUUUGCUCCACUUCAGCCGACUUCAACUCUCACUUGGAAGUCGCUAGUCAAAGAUCUAGUGGAUUUGUGACCGUGUCGGGGUAUAAAUUGAUGUUGAAGCAGAAUACGACACAGCUAUCUUCAGACUUGUGGAAGACGGUCAGCUGCGCGCUCAAUGUGAAGCCAUGUACGCCAAGGGGCCUGAGCAGCCUGGUGUGCCUGGAGGAGUGCGUGCGGCUGGUGGCGGGCAGCGUGGAGUGGGCGCGCGCGCCGGCCGCGCUGUCGGCGCGCGCGCUGUGCUCGCGUCUCGCGCCGCGCGACCCGCGCGCGCCCUGUGUGCCGCUCGCCGCCUACACCGCGCCCAGUACUGAAGCCCCUUUGCUGACAGCUCGCGAGAUGGUAACGUCGCCAUGCAGCAAGCAGUCUUGUCCCGCGGGCCAGAUGUGUGUGGUUGAUAGAAACUGUGGCCCUGAGGAGCACUGCCGAAGGUUUAGCUGCGUUGAUGGCUGUCGAUUAGGAGACCGAACUGACUACGUUGUUCCCAUCGGAUCUUAUGUCAGGGUUCCUUCGCCGGGGCCAGCGCAGAAGGACUGCUACAAGAUCUGUCGCUGCACCAACAAGGGGCUGGGUGAUUGUCAACCACUGCCGUGUGUGGCUAUGGAUGAUUGCAGACUGCAUGAUAAGGUGGUUAAGCAAGGAGAGAAAUACUACUUGGAGUGCAACCAGUGCGCGUGCGUGUUCGGCGAGCGCGUGUGCGCGCGGCGCGCGUGUUCCGCCUCCCCCGCGCCCCCACCCGCCCGCUUGCCCUGCGCCUGCCCCCCGCACCACAUGCCCGUGCGCGCCCGCCACACGCUGUAUCCUAAUCUAUGUCUCGCCAAAUGCGCGGGGGCAACAGACGCGGAGAUAGAGUUCGGUUCGCGAGCAGAAUGCUCGGACGCGUCAUGCUCGCGGCGACUCGCGUGUCUGCCGCGACCGAACGUGUGUCUCUCGCGGCUGCAGACCUCGUGUCCGCAACAUGUUUGUGUGAACACAAGCGAGUGCUCCCGACAGCCGCCGCGGCCGGUGUGCGGCGCGGACGGGCGCUCGCGCGCGAGCCCGUGCGCGCUGUUGGCCGGCGGCGCGCGUCUCGCCUACUGGGGGCCUUGUCUCGCGAGGUGCGACGCGGCUGGCAUAGUUUGUGGUGUCAACGGUGUGACGUACAUAUCAGAAUGCGCAGCGUGGGCGGAGUUUGUCACCAUGGACUACAAGGGGCCGUGCUUAGCUGUAGGGCUCAUAUCCGAUGCCAUGGAACAAAAAUGCACAAUUGACAGAAUCCUUUGUCCACCGUUGAAGAAAGAAGGUUGCAAAGGUUUCACUGCUCCAGGUGCUUGCUGUCCAAAAUGCGGAGGAGCAGUCAGAAUCUUAUAUUCUAAGAAACAAAUAGACAGAGCCUUAUACGGCACGAAUAUUUCUGCAUCGGCUAUAAAUCUACACAAUAUACUAAAAGCGCUAGAAAGACACGUGACAAUAGCCGAGUGCGCUCUUAGAGGAUAUUUGACAAUAGAAACAGAAAUAUUCAUAAGUGUGGAGACUUUAUUACAAGACCCGACUGAUUUACAGUUGCACAUCUGUGUGUUAGAAGCUGAAAAAUUGGCUGAUAUGAUUAAUAAGGAGAGUGUUGUGAUGUCAAUAGAUUUAGGUUUAAGUGCUCUUUCGUAUGCUAUACCAGUGCAUACAUAUCCUAACAGUGGAGUGACCGGAGCAUUGUCUAUUACUUUAACUUUGUUUUCGUACUUAAUAGUUUAUGUUCUCAGAUAAAAGUAAGGAAAUCAAUUUUGUGUUUAAGAUAGAUAAGAUAUAUUAUGUAAAAUGUAAAUACAAGAACUUAAUAAUGAUUACCAAAUAGGUGCCUAGUAGUGCCAUUAUGCAAAUGUAUCCAAAUUGAUUUGCGUGGAACUAAGAAUUGAUUGUGAGUUCAAUGUGCCAUGUCAUUUAAGUCCCAGUGUCAUAAUUAUUUAGCUUCUCAUGUAUUAAUAAUACUUAUUGACUGAUAAUGAGCUAUACAGAAUAAUUUUAAAAAAAGACAAGUAGUCUGAUUACCAAAUGAUAAUAAUAGAAUAAUUUGUUAAAUGUAUUGUUGAUUUAAAUAUUUUAAGUUUUAUACAAAAGGAAAUAUAUGUACAUUACGGGCUAAGAGCUGAGUUUAUCAAA